CAGUUUAUUCACUGCAACCUAAUAGCUUAAUAGCGGAGCUACCUAAUCAACAUGAAGUGGUUUAAUUUAUUCCUCGUUUUCGGCUUGCUGGCGCUGCUGGGUACCUUAGCCACCGCCGAGCCCAUAGCGCACCCAGGACCUGAGCCCAAGGGUCGUCCAAUGACUACGCGCCGUCCAAGAAACGACAACGACGGAGAUCGACGCUAGCCACUCCCGCAGCAACCUCUGCGCAGGCGAUGCACCGAACCGAAGCUAUCAAAUGAUGCACAAGCUCAACAGCUGCUGGUGACGGUGAACUGCUUUGGCAAAGAGAAAUUGCAAUUUGUUGAAGUUCUAUUCAUAUGAUUAUUAUACAUAUUGCUAUUAUUAUAUUAUUUUAAUAAAGA